AUGAAGGUGUCCCCCGACGACACCCCCGAGAAGCCGCCAAAUGAAGCGCUCAAGCCUCGAAAUAACUCCAAUCAAGGCUUCAGAGCAAGUGAGUGGAUCCUGGUCAUCCUCUCUUACUUCUUAACUGUUUUAACGUUCCCUUUAUCCAUCUGGCUGUGCAUAAAGAUUGUCAAUGCAUUCGAGCGAGCUGUCAUCUUAAGGCUGGGACACAUGCGAAGAGGAGCAGCGGAAGGGCCAGGUAUGUAUUUUGUCUUGCCCUGCACAGACACCGUUAUCACAGUGGACAUGAGGACAAAAUCAUGUUCUAUACCACUCCAGGAAAUUCUUACCAAAGAUCCACUGCCAGUGGACAUAGACGGCGUGAUUUAUUACCGAGUUCAGGAUGCUACCCUCGCUGUAACACAUGUCACUGAUCCAGACUUGGCCACCCUAUUCCUGGCUGAAACCACUUUGAGGAAUGUUGUGGGGACCAACUAUCUCUCUCAGAUCAUCAUUAACCGAGAAAAUAUUGCACAGAGUAUACAGUCCAUUCUAGACAAGGCCACAGGUGACUGGGGAAUAACGGUGGAGCAUGUGGAGAUCAGGGACGUGAAGACGACAGUAAAGCUCACUGCAGCGGCAGAGACGCCCAAGUCCCCACCCAAGAUGGUGAAAGAAGCCUCUAUCGUCAUCACCGAUUCCCCCGUGUCCCUCCAGUUCCGCUGCGUGCAGAAGACGGAAGAUGCCAAUACUUGCCAACAGACCUCCACCAUCGUCUUUACCUACCCCUAG